AUGAGCGCGAUAUGGCGGAUGGUCCAAGAGACCCAAGACUCGCUUUCCGACGAUGCGCUGAUGCCCCUGAAGUCGUACAAGUACUCGAGUAUCGACAAAUCGUUUAUUUCGCGGUAUAUUCUCAAGCACUACUGGAAUGCUUUCGUCGAACUACUACCGAUGUGGUUGGCCCCCAACAUGGUCACCCUGCUCGGUUUCAUGUUCAUCGUGUUCAACGUGUUCUUGAUUGAGAUCUUCAUGCCCGACCUGCAGGGUCCGGGCCCAUGGUGGCUGUAUUUCAGCUUCGCUCUGGGCGUGUGGAUGUAUUCGACCCUAGAUAACGUGGAUGGUAAACAGGCACGGAGAACUGGAACUUCCAGCGGACUGGGAGAAUUAUUUGAUCACGGAAUUGACUCUUUGAAUUGUACCCUCGCCAGUCUGUUGGAGACUGCGGCCAUGGGCUUCGGUGCGUCGCAUUUGGGUGCGUACACCGCACUUGUUCCCUGCCUCGCGAUGUAUUUCUCGACAUGGGAGACUUACCACACCCACACUCUGUACCUGGGCUAUUUCAACGGCCCAACCGAAGGCCUCCUCAUCGCCAUCGGUAUCAUGCUCGCCUCUGGCAUCUGGGGCCCCGGGAUUUGGUCGCGUCCGAUUACCGAUCUCAUCAAUAUCCCCCAGAUCUUCGGCAAUAACUCUGUCAAGGAUCUCUGGGUGCCCAUUCUCCUAGGUGGUUUCUUUCUCGCCCACCUGCCAGGCUGCGUUGUCAACGUUAUGGCUGCUCGGAGAAAGCAGGGUCUUCCCUUCACUCCCUUGCUGAAGGAGUGGGUGCCUAUGGUCGGAUUCACUCUGUGCACCAUUCUCUGGCUCUUUUCGCCCUACUCCUGUCUUUUGACCGAGAACCAUCUGGUUCUGUUCUGCUGGACCAUAUCUUUUGUCUUUGGUCGCAUGACUACCAUGAUCAUUCUCGCUCAUUUGUUGCGCCAACCUUUCCCUUACUGGACUGUUCUCCAGGGACCACUUGUCUUUGGUGCGGUCCUGGCAAACCUCCCCCGCAUCGGCCUUCCGGGACUCAGCCCGACCCUGGAAGUCUGGUACUUGCGCCUGUAUUUCCUAUUUGCCUUGAUUGUCUACUCGCACUGGGCUGUACUCGUUAUCAACCGGAUCACGACUUUCCUGGGUAUCAACUGCUUGACCAUCCGUCAGGAUAAGUCCGCCGCUCGUGACCGUGCAUAUCGAGAGUUUGGCGAGUCCGGUCUCCCUCUGAAUGCCUCUCGAAGCUCUAGAGAUUCUCUGGAUUCCGAGGAUGACGGUCUGAAAAACCACUAG